CCGAGCAGUUGCCCUGGUAACGAGGGAGGCCGGAGGAGGAGGAGGCGGAGGCGGAGGAGGAGGGAUUCGGCGGGAGGAUGGGCUUACUCUCCAUUUUGCGCAAAUUGAAAAGUGCACCGGACCAGGAGGUGCGAAUCCUUCUCCUGGGCUUGGAUAAUGCAGGCAAGACUACGCUGCUGAAGCAGCUUGCAUCUGAAGACAUCAGCCACAUCACACCUACCCAGGGUUUCAAUAUCAAAAGUGUACAAUCACAAGGUUUUAAACUGAACGUGUGGGACAUUGGUGGACAGAGGAAAAUCAGACCAUACUGGAGAAACUAUUUUGAAAAUACCGAUAUUCUUAUAUAUGUAAUUGACAGUGCAGACAGAAAAAGAUUUGAAGAGACAGGUCAGGAACUAGCUGAAUUACUGGAGGAAGAAAAGCUGAGUUGUGUGCCAGUGCUCAUCUUUGCUAACAAGCAGGAUCUGCUCACAGCCGCCCCUGCCUCUGAAAUUGCAGAAGGCCUGAAUCUGCACACCAUCCGAGACCGAGUCUGGCAGAUCCAGUCCUGCUCUGCGCUCACUGGAGAAGGUGUUCAGGAUGGCAUGAACUGGGUCUGCAAAAAUGUCAAUGCAAAGAAGAAAUAAAAUGUAGCCGAAUGAAAACACGAGGAGCUGCAGGAGCUGAAUUCGGUCCUGAAAAACACCAAUUUGCUGCUUUCUGACCAAAUGUUUUUCCAUCUGUGUACAGCUACAGCUGUGUGAAGAGGGGGAAUUAAAAAGAAUCCCCAUUCCAGCAGUAGAUUUAACUGAUCUCUGAGGUUCAUAUCAUUUUUCAAAUAAAGGAAUUAUAUUAUUUCCUCUGCAUAA